AGAGAGAAAGAAAUUGUAAGAGAAUCUUCCCGUUUAUUCCUUCUUCCGCCCAAGAAAGGUUAAUGGUUUGAUUUUUCUGUGGCAGUAGUUUCAGGAGCAAUGGCAAAGAGUUACUUCAAGCAAGAACAUGACUUUGAGAAGAGGCGUGCUGAGGCUGCUAGAAUUAGGGAGAAAUAUCCAGACAGAAUUCCGGUGAUCGUGGAGAAGGCUGAGAGAAGUGAUAUUCCAAACAUCGAUAAGAAAAAGUACUUGGUCCCAGCUGACUUGACAGUAGGACAGUUUGUCUAUGUAAUCCGCAAAAGAAUCAAAUUGAGUGCAGAAAAGGCAAUCUUCAUAUUUGUAGACAAUGUCCUCCCUCCAACUGGGGCAAUAAUGUCUGCCAUAUAUGACGAGAAGAAGGAUGAAGAUGGAUUCCUCUAUGUUACCUACAGUGGAGAAAACACAUUUGGGCACCAGAUACAACUGUAGUGCAAGGCUGAUGGGUUCUCUUAUGAUUUUCAUCUUUAGUUUAUCUUCUUUUCUUGCUUUUGUGUUAAUAAUUUCAUUUCAAUUCCCAAAAUAUAAAGACCUCUCCACUGAUAAGAUGUAUAGUCAAUAUUAUGUAUAUAGCUUAUGGAGAAGUUUGCAAACA